CCGCGGAGGCCCAGAAUCGUGAGCGUGGAGACUUCGGCCCCUGGCCUACGCCGAGCCUUUCACCACCGGAGGACCAGGAACCGGAGGACGCAGCCUUCAUCACAGAGGUGCUGUGCUCUGCGCUCCCUGCCCAGCCCGGCUCUGCCCGUUGCGGCGGCGCCUCCUUCCUUUCUCCCCUCGCUCUCUCGCCCGCCCGCGCCUUGCCUGCCCGCCUGCGUCACCGCAGCCGCCAUGCCUGAAAACGGCGAGAGCAGCGGCCCUCCGCGCCCCUCCCGCGGCUCUCCUGCGGCCCAAGGCCCGGCUGCUGCCCUGGCCGAGCCCAAAAUCAUCAAAGUCACUGUGAGGACUCCGAAAGAGAAAGAGGAGUUCGCGGUGCCUGAGAAUAGCUCGGUACAGCAGUUUAAAGAAGCGAUUUCGAAACGCUUCAAGUCCCAAACCGAUCAGCUAGUGCUGAUUUUUGCCGGAAAAAUCUUAAAAGAUCAAGAUACCUUGAUCCAGCAUGGCAUCCGUGAUGGACUAACUGUUCACCUUGUCAGCAAAAGCCAGAACCGACCCCAGGGCCAGUCCACUGAGCCUAGCAGUGCCGCGGGAACUAAUAUUACCAGGGCGUCGACUCCCAGGAGUGACUCCACAAUGAUUUCUACAACUAGCAACCCAUUUGGAUUGGGGAGCCUGGGAGGACUUGCAGGCCUUAGCAGCCUAGGUUUGAGCUCGACUAGUUUCUCUGAGCUCCAGAGCCAGAUGCAGCAGCAGCUAAUAUCCAGCCCUGAGAUGAUAAUCCAAAUAAUGGAAAAUCCCUUUGUUCAGAGCAUGCUUUCGAAUCCCGAUCUGAUGAAGCAGCUCAUUAUGGCCAAUCCACAGAUGCAACAUUUGAUUCAGAGAAACCCAGAAAUCAGUCACCUGCUCAACAACCCUGAUAUAAUGAGUUAGACCCUCGAAAUCGCCAGGAAUCCAGCCAUGAUGCAAGAGAUGAUGAGAAAUCAAGACCUGUCUCUGAGCCAUCUCCAAAGCAUCCCAGGUGGCUACAGUGCUCUAAGGCGCAUGUACACUGACAUUCAAGAACCAAUGCUGAAUGCGGCACAAGAGCAAUUUGGGAGUAAUCGGUUUGCCUCCGUGGGGAGCAGUUCCUCCUCCGGGGAAGCUACGCAGCCUUCUCACACAGAAGAAAAUCGAGAUCCACUGCCCAAUCCAUGGGCACCACCACCUGCUACCCAGAGUUCUGCAACCACCAGCACGGCCACCAGCAGUGGCAGUGGGUCUGGCAGUAGCUCCUGCAAUGCUGCUGGGAACACUGUAGCUGCAGCCAGUUAUGUUGCUAGCGUCUUCAGUACCCGUGGUAUGCAGAGCCUGCUGCAACAGAUAACUGAAAACCCCCAACUGAUUCAGAAUAUGCUGUCUGCACCCUACAUGAGAAGCAUGAUGCAGUCGCUAAGCCAGAAUCCAGAUCUGGCUGCCUAGAUGAUGCUGAACAACCCGCUGUUUACAGGAAAUCCUCAGCUGCGGCAGAUGCGUCCUCAGCUCCCAGCUUUCCUGCAGCAGAUGCAGAAUCCAGACACACUGUCAGCCAUGUCAAACCCAAGAGCAAUGCAGGCUUUAAUGCAGAUCCAGCAGGGGCUACAAACAUUAGCUAGGGAAGCACCUGGCCUCAUUCCAAGCUUCACUCCAGGUGUGGGGGUGGGGGUGCUGGGAACCGCCAUUGGCCUGGUAGGUCCAGUCACUCCCAUAGGCCCCAUAGGCCUCAUUGUCCCCUUUACCCCCAUAGGCCCCAUUGGGCCCAUAGGACCCACUGGCCCUGCAGGUCCUUCUGGCCCUGCCGGCCCUACUGGGCCCACUGGGCUCACAGUUUCUAGCUCUGCACCCAGUGAAACCACUAGCCCAACUUCAGACUCUGGACCCAACCCUCAGUUCAUUAAGCAAAUGGUGCAGGCUCUGGCUGGAGCAAAUCCUCCACAGCUGCCGAAUCCAGAAGUGAGAUUUCAACAACAACUGGAACAGCUCAACGCAAUGGGGUUCUUAAACCUUGAAGCAAACUUGCAGGCCCUGAUAGCAACAGGAGGCGAUAUCAAUGCAGCCAUUGAAAGGCUGCUUAGCUCCCAGCCAUCAUAAUUGCAUUUCUGUUCCCGGAAAAAUAUGUAUCUUAUUUUUGAUAAUGGCUCUUAAAUCUUUAACACACACACACACACACACACACA